AUGGCCGACCUUCGAACAUCGCCGCUGCCUGAUGAUGUAUCCUUUACGAAAAAUCGAUACUAUAAAACCAUAAUACGAACUCCAUUGACAACAAAAUAUAGUAUAACAUCGUUUAAUAUAUUGCAAAAAAUACAUUUAUCCUGCUGCAACGCGACGUACUGCAGCACGAGGCGCGCCACCUUCACGGCACAGUGCGGUGCUCACCGGGCGAGUGGUGCUGGUCCCGCUGCAGCGCGACGUACUGCAGCUCGAGGCGCGCCACCUUCACGGCACAGUGUGGUGCUCACCGGGCGACUGGCGCUGGUCCCGCUGCAGCGCGACGUACUGCAGCUCGAGGCGCGCCACCUUCACGGCACAGUGUGGUGCUCACCGGGCGACUGGCGCUGGUCCCGCUGCAGCGCGACGUACUGCAGCUCGAGGCGCGCCACCUUCACGGCACAGUGCGGUGCUCACCGGGCGACUGGCGCUGGUCCCGCUGCAGCGCGACGUACUGCAGCUCGAGGCGCGCCACCUUCACGGCACAAUGCGGUGCUCACCGGGCGAGUGACGCUGGUCCCGCUGCAGCGCGUCGUACUGCAGCUCGAGGCGCGCCACCUUCACGGCACAGUGUGGUGCUCACCGGGCGACUGGCGCUGGUCCCGCUGCAGCGCGACGUACUGCAGCUCGAGGCGCGCCACCUUCACGGCACAGUGCGGUGCUCACCGGGCGACUGGCGCUGGUCCCGCUGCAGCGCGACGUACUGCAGCUCGAGGCGCGCCACCUUCACGGCACAGUGUGGUGCUCACCGGGCGAGUGGCGCUGGUCCCGCUGCAGCGCGACGUACUGCAGCUCGAGGCGCGCCACCUUCACGGCACAGUGUGGUGCUCACCGGGCGACUGGCGCUGGUCCCGCUGCAGCGCGACGUACUGCAGCUCGAGGCGCGCCACCUUCACGGCACAGUGCGGUGCUCACCGGGCGACUGGCGCUGGUCCCGCUGCAGCGCGACGUACUGCAGCUCGAGGCGCGCCACCUUCACGGCACAGUGUGGUGCUCACCGGGCGACUGGCGCUGGUCCCGCUGCAGCGCGACGUACUGCAGCUCGAGGCGCGCCACCUUCACGGCACAGUGCGGUGCUCACCGGGCGACUGGCGCUGGUCCCGCUGCAGCGCGACGUACUGCAGCUCGAGGCGCGCCACCUUCACGGCACAGUGCGGUGCUCACCGGGCGACUGGCGCUGGUCCCGCUGCAGCGCGACGUACUGCCGCACGAGGCGCGCCACCUUCACGGCACAGUGCGGUGCUCACCGGGCGACUGGCGCUGGUCCCGCUGCAGCGCGACGUACUGCCGCACGAGGCGCGCCACCUUCACGGCACAGUGCGGUGCUCACCGGGCGACUGGCGCUGGUCCCGCUGCAGCGCGACGUACUGCAGCUCGAGGCGCGCCACCUUCACGGCACAGUGCGGUGCUCACCGGACGACUGGCGCUGGUCCCGCUGCAGCGCGACGUACUGCCGCACGAGGCGCGCCACCUUCACGGCACAGUGCGGUGCUCACCGGGCGACUGGCGCUGGUCCCGCUGCAGCGCGACGUACUGCAGCUCGAGGCGCGCCACCUUCACGGCACAGUGCGGUGCUCACCGGGCGACUGGCGCUGGUCCCGCUGCAGCGCGACGUACUGCCGCACGAGGCGCGCCACCUUCACGGCACAGUGCGGUGCUCACCGGGAGACUGGCGCUGGUCCCGCUGCAGCGCGACGUACUGCCGCACGAGGCGCGCCACCUUCACGGCACAGUGCGGUGCUCACCGGGCGAGUGACGCUGGUCCCGCUGCAGCGCGACGUAAUGCAGCUCGAGGCGCGCCACCUUGCCACCUUCACGGCACAGUGCGGUGCUCACCGGGCGACUGGCGCUGGUCCCGCUGCAGCGCGACGUACUGCAGCUCGAGGCGCGCCACCUUCACGGCACAGUGUGGUGCUCACCGGGCGACUGGCGCUGGUCCCGCUGCAGCGCGACGUACUGCCGCACGAGGUACGCCACCUUCACGCCACAGUGCGGUGCUCACCGGGCGAGUGGCGCUGGUCCCGCUGCAGCGCGACGUACUGCCGCACGAGGCGCGCCACCUUCACGGCACAGUGCGGUGCUCACCGGGCGAGUGGCGCUGGUCCCGCUGCAGCGCGACGUACUGCCGCACGAGGCACGCCACCUUCACGGCACAGUGCGGUGCUUACCGAGCGAGUGCCGCUGGCCCCGCUGCAGCGUGACGUACUGCCGCUCGAGGCGCGCCACCUUCACGGCACAGUGCGGUGCUCACCGAGCGAGUGCCGCUGGUCCCGCUGCAGCGUGACGUACUGCCGCACGAGGCGCGCCACCUUCACGGCACAGUGCGGUGCUCACCGGGCGAGUGGCGCUGGUCCCGCUGCAGCGCGACGUACUGCCGCACGAGGCGCGCCACCUUUACGGCACAGUGCGGUGCUCACCGAGUGA